UCUUAGUAGAAAUUAUAUUUAUCCUGUGGCAACUUCGUAACAUGCUCCAAUAAAUGUCAAAAUUCUUGUCCAAUUUUAUUCAAAAAACAUCUGGUCAUCUGAAGGCGACGGACCUCACAGUAAACGCAAUGUUUAAAAGAAAUGGUUUUCAUAAGUCUCCAAAAUUUCGACCAGAGAUGAAAGUGCUCAAUAGCCGUACCAAACAGUCUGUAACACUUACGACUCGAAAGGAGAAAGUUACUGUCUUAUCCGAGCCAAUAAAAUCUGAAUCUGACAAAAAAAUAUAUAAGACUAUAAGAUUAGAGAAUGGAUUGACCGCACUCCUAAUAUCCGACCCUAGUCGUCCCACUAAUAAUGAUGAAGGUAGUUCAAGUGAAGAAGAUAGUAGUGGAACUGAUGAAUCUUCUGGACCAGAAAGUGAUAGUGGCAAAUCAGCGCAUUCAACUACAAGUGAUCAACAUGGCUCUAAGAGAAGAGGAGAAUUUGAUGAAGAAAAGUUGGCCGCGUGUGCGCUGUGCGUGGGCGUCGGCAGCUACAGCGACCCGCCCGAUAUACAGGGAUUGGCACAUUUCGUCGAGCACAUGGUCUUUAUGGGCAGCGAAAAGUACCCAAAAGAGAAUGAGUUCGAUGCUUUUAUCAAGAAAAAAGGCGGAUCGGACAAUGCGUCGACGGACUGCGAGUUGACCACUUUCUACUUUGAGAUUCAAGAGAAGCACCUUCCACAAGCUAUGGAUAUGUUCAGUCAAUUCUUCGUCAGUCCGCUUAUGUUAAAAGAAGCUAUGCAGAGAGAAAGGGAAGCUAUCGAAUCUGAGUUCGCCAUAGCGUCCCCCUCAGACUCUAAUCGUAAAGACCAACUGCUAUCGAGUCUUUUCCCUCAAGAUCACCCGGCAAGGACGUUCACGUGGGGCAACUUGCGCAGUCUCCGUGAUGACAUCGAUGACGACGAGAAGCUGUACAAAGCGGCGCACGAGUUUAGGAGGCGUCAUUACAGUGCCAACCGGAUGACAGUGGCCGUUCAGGCUCGUAUGGAUCUGGACGCGUUGGAACAGUACGUGGUGAACACGUUCGGUCGCGUGCCCACCAACAAAUUACCGCCGGAGGACUUCACACAGUUCGCGUUCAAAUCUGACGCCGUCACGCCAGAGUUCCGCAGUAUAUUCUACGUUAAACCAAUCAGCGAUACCACUGAGGUGCACCUGACGUGGUGCAUGCGUUCCUUAAUAUCGGAGUACCAGUCUAAACCCCACCAGUACAUAUCGUACUUACUUGGUCACGAGGGCAAAGGCAGUCUUCUGUCCUAUCUGAGAAAAAAGGUGUGGGCACUUGGUAUUUACACGGGAAAUUCUGAGAGCGGCAUAGAUUAUACAUCAAUGUAUAGUCUCUUCUCGACGCAGGUUGUACUCACCAAGAACGGAUUGGAUCACAUUGAUGAGGUUCUGGAAGCUAUAUUCUCCUAUAUAAAUAUGCUGAGGAAAUUGGGACCGUCCGAGAGGAUAUACAAUGAGAUAAAGGCAAUCGAAGAUACUAGUUUCCGUUUUGAAGAGGAGUCGCAGCCCGCUGAUUACGUGGAAACACUCGUUGAGAACAUGCACUUCUAUCCACCGGAACAUUACAUCACUGGUGACAGAUUAUAUUACAAAUAUGAUCCUAAGGGUAUAACAGAACUAUUGGACUGUAUGCGCGCGGACUCUGUCAACAUAAUGAUUCUGUCCAAUAAACAUUCCACGCCCAUACAGUACGAUGCUAAAGAGAAAUGGUUCGGCACCGAAUAUAAACGGCAAGAAGUACCUUCGGAUUGGAUGGAACGUUGGUUGAACGUGGAACCGUAUUCGAAUUACCACUUGCCCGAUAAGAACGUGUACAUAACCACUGACUUCUCGUUGAUCCCGCCGGCGGAGCCCUAUUUACGUGUAGCACACCAGAUGGAUGUGGAUCUCGCCACUAGUUCUUUGAAGGAUAUACACAAGAAGGUAGCCGCCAAUAAACCCGACACUCAGGUGUUGAAAGAGGGAGAAUUGGUCGCGACAGUUAAUAAUUUCAGGUUAGAUCAGCCGAAUCUUCUGCGCAAGAACAGACAUAUGGAGUUAUGGUAUAAACCAGACUUCAAAUUUCGGUUUCCAACCGCUCUCCUUUAUUUCUAUUUCAUAUCGCCGCUCAGUAUUAAAUCACCACGAGAGGCUUGCCUGAUGGAUCUCUGGACAGAUGUGUUGCAGCAAGGUUUAAAGGAAGAGGUGUAUCCAGCCAACAUGGCGGACUUGUCCCACUCACUGUUCAUGUCCGACCAGGGGUUCACGCUCAAAGUCAGCGGAUACAGUCAGAACUUACACUUGCUAGUGGAGCUGAUAACGCGUGAAAUGCGCGGCGCAACUGGGAACUUGUCCUCGGAAAUGUUCGAAGCGGUGAAAGACGUCCGCACUCGAUCGUAUCACAACGUGCUCAUACGACCGCAGAAACUAGCCAAGGACGUCCGCAUGAACUUGCUGAUAGACCCGUAUAUAUCGCCACGUGAAAAGGCGGUACUAGUUCAUGACGUGACACUCGCUGAGCUCAGGGACUUCAGUAACCGGCUGCUCGACAAGAUCUAUAUGCAGGUCCUUAUGCAAGGCAACAUUCCAUGGUAUGAAGCUAUUCGCAUAGCUGAAAACGUUCAAAAUAAUUUGAAAUUCGAAGGACCAUUACCAGAAGAAAUACCAAAGUUCAAAGUGCAUCAGUUACCUCUCGGUGAGCGCAAGAUACGCGUUAUGAGUCUGAAUCCUCAGUCCACUAACAGCAUCGUCACCAACUACUACCAGGGCGAGGCCACAACGCCAGAAGAUAUCGCCACCUUGGAAGUUCUCAUGAUGUUAAUGGAAGAGCCUGUGUUCGAUAUGUUACGUACAAAAGAACAAUUGGGGUACAGCGUGUUCAGUAUGAUGCGGUACACUUUCGGCGUACUCGGCUUUUCAGUAACUGUCAACACUCAGGCGGAUAAGUUCAGUGUGGCGCACGUGGAUGGGCGCGUGGAGGCAUUUCUGAAGAAGUUUGCUCGAGACAUGCGUAAGCUGAAUGAAAGAACUUUACAAGCAAUCAAGACAUCGCUAGUUCAACUCAAACACACCACAGACUACGAACUAAAGGAAGAGGUCGAAAGAAACUGGCGUGAAAUUAUCACAAUGGAUUACAAAUUCCAGAGGCUUUUUAUGGAGGCCGAAGCAAUAGAGAAGAUCACACUAAAAGAUAUUAGGAAUUGGGUGGACAACCACUUCGCGUCUGGUAACAGGUCGCAGUUUAGAAAGCUCUCUGUCCAGAUCAUGGGUCACAAAGUUAACAAAGAGAACACAACCGUCCCAGAUACUAAACAUUACAAGCUGACUUAUCUAGACGCGAGCGAGCCCGUCGGCGAUACUGCCGAAAACAACGCGGACUUUAUACAGGACAUCAACGAAUUUAAGAGUGUUCUACCAAUCAUAGACGUUCCUAAAAUGGAACUUGCUCAAUGUUAAUAGAACCCAUUUUACCUCAAUCGCUUAUUUAUAAUUUUGUAAAUAAUAGUGAACUUUUAUAAUUUAUUUCGCUUUAUUGGCCAUUUUAAGUGAGUUUGCUGGUACAGAAAAAAAAUGUAAUUUGACAAUUAAAAUAACGCCGUGUUAUUAGUGUGUGGAAUUGGGAAUGAUCAGGGGCUAGACAUAACAUAAAAGUUUAUAUUCCAAACAUAAGAGGUGUGAAAUCACUGACUGGAAAUUGAAUAUUUAAAAAAAAAGUGUGUUAGAUUUGUUGUUCCUAGCUUUGAUGUUUAAAGCUCUAACAAUUAUCUCAUUUUUAUAAAAUAUUUACUAUCAUAUGGACUUUUUAUAGUAAUAUAUACAACAUUAAAAAAGAGAAAGAGGAUGUUAAAUUGACUAAAAAUUGUUUACUACAAACUGACAAAAUAAUGAAAAACACAUUGCUUUAAGAUGUAUUCUUUUUAUAUGUAUACUUGUUAUGUAAUAGCAAAUAAACGCAGUUGUCUAGACUAUAAACUAGUUAAUUUAACAACAUACAAUAGUAACAGAAUUAAAGAUGUUCAUAAUCUGUAAUAUUAAGGAAAUAGUUGACGCCUAAAAAUAAAUUAGCUUGAUGGGGGGGGGCUAAAGCAACUGGUUAAUUUACAAAUUCUAUUUUAAAUUAUCAUUCGGAAAAAUAAAAUUAUUUACAAUCCGUUUAACUGUUAACUAUCUUUAAUUUACAUAUCUACUUCAAUUCGAAGAGUUGAAUUUAUGAUUUGAAUGUGGGAAUUAUUAUUAAUAAAAUUAUUAUGUAUUUAUGUAAAUAUGUUAUGAUUAAAAUACUUUUACUUAGUUUUUGAUGAGUUGUAAAUAUGUUUUUGGUAAAUGGGGGCACAGUAACUCGCAAUACUUUAUAUUUGAAUAUCGUAAUAACUAAUAGAUAUUGAGUCAAAAUAUACGCAUGUAUCAGUAAAAAAAUACAAAGUUAAUGUGCGCCUUGGCAUAAAAUAGACUGGUAUUUGUAAUUCAUCGCCUGAAAUAUAUAUACUG